AUGCCCAAACUGCACCCCCCUGGCAGCGUUUACAGCUCGGACCUGGCUGUCCGACUGUUCUUCAGCUGUAGGGCGGCGGGGGUCGUUACCGUGCACGCCGAUUCGGAGUCUGAGAAUUCCAAGAUUUCGACCGUCGACAAUGCUCAGAAGCUGGCGGAGCUGUGCAUCGAUGCUCUUUGGUCGGAGCUGAGUCGGCGACCGUAUCGCCAUAUAGUACGCGUGGGGCUGCCUGAAGAAGAGGAUGUCGCUGCGGGGGUGCUGCGUGAUCGGAUCCUGGUUCAGAUUCGAGAGUUCGCCGAGUGCAGCAGCGUCGACGCAGUGGACACGGCCCUGACAGCUCAAGUGCCGCUUAAGAUCCUGUUUCGAGACGACGCGGUGCUGGUGGUGGAGAAGCCUGCCAACAUGCUGAGCGUGGACGGCACGGACACCGAUGCGCCCGUGUCCGUGCACCGCUGCGUUGCGAGUGUGUUUCCAGACGCGCGGAUGGUGCAUCGCCUGGAUCAGGAGACAUCGGGGCUGUUGGUCGUCGCAUUGACCAAGUCGGCAGCUCAAAGUUUGAACAAACAGUUCCGAGAUCGCACGGUAGAGAAGACGUACAUGGCGCGUGUGCACGGGUUGGUGAAGGAGCAAUCUGAGCCGGUAAGACGCAUUCGAGUUCCCAUGGAAAAGCACCCGACUGAGCCAUUGAUUCAGCGCGUUGUUCCAGACCGUGAGAUUGCGAACAGCUCGCUUUGGUCUGUCACCGAGUACUCAGUGCGAUCUCAUAGUGCUGAAAGCACUGAAUCAGUAGACGAUCGAAACUUCACGAUGGUGGAGCUCAAGCCGGUGACGGGCAAGACCCACCAGCUUCGUCUGCACAUGCAGCACCUCGGACAUCCUAUCCUGGGUGACUCGCUGUACUCUCCGGAGUUAGUUUACCACCGUGCAUCGCGUCUUUGCUUGCACGCCGCUAAGCUCUCCUUCACGCACCCGGUCACGAACGAGCGGCUCAGUUUCGAAAGUGCGACCCCCGACGAUUUCUUUAUUGCGACGGAAAGCAAUGGCCAACGGCCUCAGAUGUCGAAGUCCUGA